UCUUCUAUCUCUCCGACACCCAUUGUCUCGUUUUCGCUCUAUCAAUUCGCCCCAGCAUCAUUUCCACAGCUCGUGUGUGUUUGAUUAUUCACCUUGUGAAUGCGCUGGCUGAUUGUUGGAAUUGCAUGCGUCUUCGCGGUAGACAGGUCUAUUUAGGGUGGGAGCGACAUUCUACUCGAGAGAACAUGAACAAUCGUUGCAGGGGACUUUCGAUGGAGCGUCGGAAUUGGGAAUAAUCUGGUGGGGAAUGUGAAAUUGGGUGAGAGUGGAAGAUGAUCGUGACAAUGGCGGCACCCAUGUUUUGAGUGAGGUGGUAGAGGGUGUGAAGCCGAAAUAGAAAGAAAGUGAAGUGUGUGUGUGUGUGUGUGAUGAAAUGAAGGAGAAGGGAGAGUCAAGUGCUUUAGGGGUGGUGACUGUCGUAGCAGGGUAUGGUCUGUGCUCGAGCUUGCUCGCAGUGAUUAACAAGUAUGCCAUAACCUAUUUCCCCUUUCCGGGGUUGCUCACAGCGCUUCAGUAUGUGACGAGUGUGGUGGGAGUGUGGGUCGCGGGGAAGAUAGGGCUUAUCCAACACGACGCGUUCGUGUGGUCCACAGCCAAGAAGUUUCUGCCGGCGGCGUUUGUGUUCUAUCUCGCAAUUUUCACCAAUACGAACCUGCUCAAGCACGCCAAUGUUGACACUUUCAUCGUGUUCCGAUCGUCGACGCCCCUUCUCGUCGCCCUCGCGGACUCUCUGUUCCGCAAGCAAGCACUUCCCUCGGUGCCCACUUUCGCAUCGUUGUUCGUAAUUCUUGCGGGUGCGGUGGGGUAUGUGCUCACCGACUCCUCCUUUACGGUGACCGCGUACACUUGGGCUUUUGCAUACCUCGCGACCAUCUGCACAGAGAUGGUUUACAUCAAGCACAUGGUGACAGACCUGGGGCUCAACACAUGGGGCUUUGUUCUGUACAACAACCUCCUCUCGCUCAUGCUUUCCCCCUUCUUCUGGAUCGCUAUGGGGGAGUACAACGACAUCGCGAAUGCUAGUUUCCCACCAGUACACCGGACGGUCACAAUAAUUGCCAUCACCUUGUCAUGCGUGUUCGGAUUGGCAAUCAGCUUCUUUGGAUUCGCUGCUAGAAAAGCUAUUUCCGCCACUGCCUUCACAGUGACCGGCGUUGUGAACAAGCUCCUCACAGUGGUGAUCAAUGUCUUGAUCUGGGACAAGCAUGCCAGCCUUCCCGGAUUGGUGUGUCUUCUGGUCACAAUUUUCGGAGGUGUUCUGUACCAGCAGACUACCACAAAGCCUAAGAAGCUACCAUUGCCGCUGUCACCUCGAAAGCAAGAAGGCGAUGAAGAACAAGGGCUUCUGGAAGGCUAUGCUCUUUCGAAAUUAGAACUUUCAAGACAAGAUUCCAGACGGAAGGACAGAGCCCCUCCAACUGAUGCUUCUUGAUCCUAUAUAAUUGAGUUUGGAUAUCAUUUGUGGUGCAGUCGAAUGCCUAUUACCUGAUCUUGAGAGAUGGCAAGGAUUUGUACAUAAUUUUUAUUUUUUAUUCCAUUAGCCAAUCUUUCGGCUUAAUUUAGAUUCUCCUUCAGCUGU